GUGCACGAAGCAGAGAAGCAGCGCCACAUAGCCUCAGAAGCACAGUGUUAGACAGACAGAAAAGUGUAUCGCACGGCGCACAGCGCACAGCAUAAACUCGUAUCGAAUCCAAUCGUCUCUGAACGCAAGCAACGAGCUCCUGCCAGCUAGCAAGCCAAUAAAACACAAACUAAUUGAAAGCGUGUGAAGUAAUCGCAAAUUGAAUUUUAAAAAAUAGUAAAAAAAUCGAGAGCAAGAACAAUCCAGCUUGCUGGCAAAACUGAUUAGUAUAUGAAAUAAGAACGCAAAAAAAAAUCUGAUAAAAUUGUUUGGUGUUUAAGAAGCAGCACGAAGCAGGAUAGCUGUAAAACGCAUCUAAAGCCGUCUUGUUUUCUAUUCAAUUGUUAUAUGGUGAUUUGGUCCUGCCUACAGCAGCCGUAAAGAGUUUGCAAAGCCAAAAACAGUGAAGCCCUUAACGCAGCUCAGACGAAAUUUUUUUCUUUCGGUUGGUGCAUAUGCAACGUGAGGUGAAGUAAGCCACACAACACAAGCCGGAGGACAACACGUAGUGUACAAAAAUUUACGGUUUUUUCCGUUUGUUUUCUUCCAUCUUUCCGCAUCUAUCUUGCAGCUGUCCUUUACUCUGAUAGUUUUCACUGAACUUGACAGUCUAACUAAAGCUAUCUCUAGCUCUUGACGCGUUUAGAAAACAGAAAACUGUGCUUCAACCACACAAUAACAACAACAUAAGCAUUAAAUAUACUCUCUACAACUAAAGCAAGAGCUUUGACAACACAGCUGAGUUACUCGUACUUUGCUGUGUCUUUGCUCGUAAACUUUGCAGUUAAAACAAAGAUCUCAUCGACCACAGCACUUCUCAUCGUGUGAUCGCAACGCGCAUCUUCCGUGAGAAUAUUGUUUAGAAAUAUCCACCUAAUUAACAACAGCAACAACAACUACAAUAUUAGUAGCAACAACAAAGUAGUAGUACAUCACUGGAAGCAGUGAAUUAAAAGCAAUUUUUAGGUCAAUAAAUUGAGAAAGCAACUAGCACCUACUAGAAACUACCAGAGGUAUCUACAUAAGAAACAAAACUAAAGAGGGAGUAAAGUAGAGGAAAAAAAGCAAAAAUGGCAGCAUUCAUAGCGAAACAAAUGGUUGGCAACCAGCUAAGCGCCGUUAAAGAUGCUGCCGGCGGUGGUGAUGGCGGUGAUGAUGGUGACGAUAAGGAAAAGGCAGAGGAGGAGGAGAGGGAGCGUCAGGAGGCCAUACGUGAGGCCGAAGAGCGACGAAAGGAGAAGCAUCGUAAGAUGGAAGAAGAGCGCGAAAAGAUGAGACAAGAUAUUCGUGAUAAGUACAACAUAAAGAAAAAGGAAGAAGUUGUCGAAGCCGCGCCCCAAGAAGAACCCAAUCCGCUGAUGCGAAAGAAGAAGACACCCGAAGAGUUGGCUGCCGAAGCGGAACAGGAAGAGUUGGACGAUUUCACAAAACUGAAAAAUCAAAUAGAAACGCAAGUAAAUGAGCUAAAAACUCAAAUAGAGGGAAAAUGUGUCAUGCAGUGAUAUGUCAUCAUAUGAUUAUGAGAAUACCAAAUUAUACCUACAUAUAUAAAAAGAAACAAAAAAAACAACAAAUACAACAACAACAACACAAAAAUAAAUGAAGUAACCAAAAUGCGUACGCAAGCAGUAUAUAGUAUAUAUAUAUAACAAAAGCAUAACAAAUAUAUAUAUAUACAUAUAUUAAAUUGAAAUUAAUAACGGUAAAUGAAUGCUAUAAUAAACAAAUACUCAAUAUAUAACAAAAUUACAACUACAACAAACAACAAAAUACUUACAACAAAUUUUCCCCAACAUUCCAAACAAACUUAUAUAUAAUAUAUAUACAUACCAUAUAUAUAUAUAUACGCAAAACAACAACUGCAGCAAAAAGGAGGCAGCAAAACGACAGCAACAAAAAUAUAUAUAAAAACCAAAAACAACAACAUAAAGCAAAAACAAAAAACACCCAAAGACAUAAAAGCAACAAAAUGCUGCUAGCAAAUGGAGUUAUAUAUAUAUAUAUUAGCGUAUCAAUAUAUAUAUAUAUACACAUAUAACAUAUAGCAAAUAAUAAUAAAUAAUUACAUACUUAUAUACAAACAAAACAAGCAAGUAUAUAUAAUAUAAAUGCAGAAAAAAAGCAGAAAUGAUUAAUUGUUUAAAAAGUCAUUAAAUAAAUUAGUAAAUUAACGAAAUAUUAUUUCCAACAAAAACAAUUAACACAACAACAUUUACGAAGGAUUAUAUACAGACAAAUAGCAAAAAAAAAAUUACAUUAAAAGAAAUCGCAUAAAUUAAUAAUUUCCAAUGGAGAAAAUCACAUACAAUAACAAAUACAAACAAAUUUAUAACAAAAAAGAACAGUUAAACAAUUUCACAUAUUUGAGUAUUGUACAGACAUACUUACACGCAAAUAUGUGCAAAUGCAGAGUAAAUCAUGAGACACAAAGCAAAUAAAUCGUGGAAAUAUUAAUUCACAUAGACACCGAAACAAAGCCACAAAAUAUUUAAAAUUACAUAACAAACAAUAAAUAAUUGAAAACAGCAAUGCUAUUCCGCAAGAUUCUCGCCACAAAGCAGAUUACAAAAACAAUUAAACCAAAAAAUAUAAAAAAUAAAUAAAAUACAACAAAAACACACAACGCCCGCAAUGCAUAUUCAAACAACAACACUGUCAACGAAUGCUACUUACGCUAUUCCACUAACAACAACAACAACAAAAGCAAAGCUGCCGCAAAAACUAUAACAGUAAAUACACAACAACAACGUAGCCAACUUGAAAGUGAGAAUGACUACAAGCACUUAAGCAACUUGAAAGAGAGAGAGAAUGACGCUCAUUUGUGUACACCACAUGGAAACACUCAUUUGAGAUCACUACGUUGAAACGUUCGCGAGCGUUAAAAUAUUUAUGUUCAACAAACGCUCGCGUGAGAAAAACGAAAAGGAGCGCAAACAAACAAAUCACAAAUGAGAGUCAAAUCCAAGUAGGAAUAGCGUAACAGUUGAAAAAUUGCAAAAAAUGCAGAAGAAAUGUAGUAACUGAAGUAUGAGAAAAAGGGAGAGAGAGAGAGAGAGAUUAAGAGAGAAAGAAAACCUAAAACGAAAAUGCCUUCAAAAUUUAAAUAAAAUUUAAAAUAUGAAAAAUAAAUGUAAUAUAAUGAGUACGCAAAAUUUUGGCAUACAAUAACAACAAAUAUAAUACAAUAACAUAAUAAACACAACAAAUUGUAUAAAGAACCGUAAACGCAUUGUUAGACAAGACUUUCAAAAAACAAAAGCAAAUAUAACAAAAAUUCUAUGCCAUUUCACGCUACUCUGCAAACGUAAUACUCUUGAAAACUUUGAAAAUGUCCCAAAACAAAUACUCGAAACCUUCAAAAACUCGUAAGAAACUUAAAAAUACUUCAACACUGUAACGUAGUUGGCUCUCUUACUUGCAUAAUACUAUUCACACAUACUCGCAAAUUGCAACGUAGCUGCACUGUAGGCAGCCGACCAUAUGAUCAUAUGAAUUUAAGCCCAAAACUGUACGAAAUUGCAUUUUUGAAUUGUUCGAAAUUGGUGAUUUGUUAUUGAUAUUGGCAAAUUGAUAUUUAGAAAGCAAUCUAUGAGACACAAAUUUCAGCAAAACAACUGGCUAAUCUGUACAAUUUCUUUCUUUUACUGAACUCCCUCAAAAUAUAAAAAAAAAUACAUACACACAAUGAGCCCUAACCUCUGAGAUUACACUGAAACGAAGAAACUGCAAAUUCAAUGAAUGUUUAAAAAUCUAAAAAAAAAACAAAAACAACAAACUCAAAUAUGAAGCAUUUCAAAAUUGAAUUUGAAAAUAUGUACAUAUGUAUGUGUGUUAAAAUAAGUAAGACAAAUCACAGACAUUAUGACAUGUGAGCACAACAACAACAGCAACAACCACAAGUGUUACAACUACAACUACAAACUGGCUAGAACAUGUACUCAACACUUUAAGAACUCAACAAAUCGUUAUCAGAUGGAAACCGUUAUAUGCAACCGGAAGUAUACACACACAAGGAUGCGAUACUCAAUACAGUGCUACAUAUUCGUACAUUAUGCAAUACUCUAUAAUUAGUAUAAAUAUGUAUAAAUAAGUGUAUUUUGUGUCCUUUCUCAUUGUAAUCUAAGCUUUUAGAUUUUUUUAUGUUUUUUUUUUGUUGUAAACCAUGCUAUUUUUCAUGCCAGCUACUUGUCACGCUUUUAAUGUGGUGAUGGGUAUUAUGUAUGAAGGCUUUAAAAAAAAAAAUCAUCCAUUAGAUGAACUUCGAGCAUUUGUGUAUGUAAGCAGUUGUGUUACUUGGAAACACACUCUUUAGUAAAAAAUAUGUGGCGGGCACGAUUUAUAGAGCGUUCAUCGAAAGGAUGAAUACCCAAAUGACUUUCAGUACAUGACGAACGCACCCUAUACUUGCAAUUGUAUGAUGUUCAAGUCUUUUAAAAUUCAUCCAAGUGCUCUAAGUGGCAAUAAAACAUGAAAAUUCAUUUAGUUACCGAAAUUCAUAGACUAAUUUAAAAAUAGCGUCAAAUAAUAAUUGCUUCUAAAGGAAAGUCUUACAUACACCUUUCCUGUCAAAGUUGAUUUUGAAGAUCUCACUCACUCUUUUCUGUUUCGGUUUAUCUUCGUCCAGAAAAAUCUCUAUCUCCUUUCGUCUCUCUCUCUUUUUCACUCUCUCUCUCUUUCUUCUACUUCAGAUAAGUUCUAGUUAGGUUCUUGUAUUCGCUACUACAAUUUCGAAAUGCGUUCCGAACAAGGCUUGUGUGUUGUAUUAACAAUCUCAUCUAUUUGUAUGCAAAUAGCAAAUAUAAACAGUUGUGUUAGCUUAUAUAGAACAAUUUUGUUAUUUGUAUUAUAAAAAAUAUUAUAAAUAAAUUGUUAAGCUUGUUUCCCGUUGAUUUUAAUUAAAUGUUAUUUAAUUUUAGUAAAAAAAUAUAAAUUAUGUUACACAUUAGUUAUCAAAAUAAUAUUUAAUUCGUUUUAAAUAAUGUUGGUUUAAAAAUGAUUUACAAAUAAUACCUGAACAUAAGCUAUAUGUAAAAGGCAAAGCUGCGCUUCUGCUAAAAGCUUCUCUGCUUUAACUACCUGAGCACUAAAAAUUCAGCAACAAUAAUAAAAUUGAAGAAGCCAGCUAUCUAAAACACAUUUAAAAAUAUUAAAAGAACAGUAUAAAAUGAAAAGCUGAGGGCUGGAAGUUUCAAAAUAAUUUUCACGAUUUUUUAAAUUCUCUUAUUCGAAAAAGCUCGAAUUCUUUUACUCUUUAUUUAACUUCUUCUAUACUUUCUUUAAUAUUUCAUAUAUUAUAUAAUUUUCUCUUGCAACUCUCUUGCUGUCAUUGCCUCUAUAUAGAAAAAAAAAACAAAAAUGAGCUCUGCAUGUAUGUUUGUCAAAAGAAAGCGAAAAGUAAUAGCAAAUCUAGCAUAUGUAUUUAUUGUAUGUACUGUAUAAAAACAAAAAACAUAUUUCUUUAGAGCAAUGUUUAGACUUGUUGUUUAUGGCUUUGUGAUGUACGAUAUUUGAAAAACAAAAACUAAGUGAAACUAAAUGACGCUCUUACUCAACACUAAAGAGUCAACGAUCCGAAAUUAAAAUAGACAAAAAAAAAAUGUUCAAAAAGUAAAAUUUCCCAAACUAAACCUACGCAAUUAUUAAAUCCACUAAUUUUCUUAUAAAAAUAACUUCUAGUAAAUCCUUAUGCAAAUAAUUAAAUACUAUCCUCAGCUACUAUUGCUAUACAUGAGAAGUUUCGGAAAAGCUACAGACAAUUUUUAAACUGAUUAAUUUUUAACUUUUUACUCGAUAUCCCCAACACUCACUUAAAAAAAAAUUUAAUUGAAAACUUUUUUUGGAAAUUUUUUUGAAAAACCAUCCCACUUUUCAGACUCUCGAGCACUUUGGGUCUCCAAAUAAUUUACUGAACUCUAUCUAACCACACUAUUUAGCACAAUAGUUACUUAGAGCGCAAAGCAUAACUAUAACUACAAUUCUAAAACCCUUCAAGCAUAUGACUCUGAUAAAUAUUUUGAAAUAAAAUACCAAAAAAAAAAAACAAUUUUUUUUUUUAAAUUACCAUGUUCUAUUAAUGAAAAAAAUGUCACUUUAAUAUUGACUCCUAAACUACUAAAGCUUUACAUACUAGAAACAAACUUCGAACCCUUAACUUUCAUACUAGAGAUUGAUUAUAUAAAAAUAUAGAAGCUGACAAUUUAUAAAAAAAAAAAAUAAACGCAAAUUAAUGAGAAAAAA